AUGACAUUCACUAGCCUCAAGGAAGACUGUCUACUCUGGUGUAACAUAAUUAUCCAGUACGUCUGCCACGUCGAGAACCAGGCUACGGUCAUAUAUCUCCAAAAGGUCGGGAGGACGGGCCACUUGACCACGCUCGACAUCCUUCCUCCUCCUCCUCCUCCUCCUCCUCCUGCUGCUGCUGCUGCUGGUCUUCGAAAUGCCAUGUACCGCCGAAUCUCCCUCUCCUGCAUGCCUGUUCUCGCCAUUAUUGCUAGUCUCUCACUCUUCCCGUCUCAAACCACGCGCGCAAGUCUGACUCUCGUGGCCAUACCCGCCAUGCUCGUCCUCUCGCGCAUCCUGUCAACCAUCUCCCUCCGUGCCCGCACAUCCCGCCCGUCAUGGAACAGCGCCUCCAAAACGGGCGUCAAGAGGGAUCUCCACGUCCUGCUUUCCGAGGACCGCUGGAUCCGCAUCAGAGGCCUCGCCGACAACUUGAAAGCAGUCACCUCAGGAGCGUGGCUGUCGCGCCUGACUGCGCAUCCUGUGCCGAUGGACGCGUUGGACUGGAUCGCGCGUAUGAUGGUGUACAGUCCCGUGGUGGCGCUGAGCGGGCGGUGGCGCUGA